GCCUGUCUGCCUGACUGCCUGCUUGCCUCCACGCCCCUCGGGGAUCCUCGGCCCGCGCCUCCGCCACCUCAUCACACCACACGCCCUGCACGGUUCCUUCUCGGUCACGAAGCCCGCAACAAUCCCCCGCUCUCCCGAUGGAUGGCUCCUGGACACAUCGGUCAGAGGCGCGCACUCGCAGCGCCCGGGCUCAGCUGAUGGAGGAGCUGUCGACCGCACUGGCAGCACUGGAGCGCCUGCUCCCGCCUCUUGCUCCGUCGGCCCGGCCGGAGCUGGUGGAGCCUGCCCUGAAUGCGGUACAGGCAAUCCUCCGGCAGAGCGCCGCUGCUGAUGCCUCUGGCCGCCUCCCGCCGAUGGAUAUUGCCCGAUCGGAACGCAUGCUGGAGCUCGCCGCCGGGCACCUGGCCCUCGGCCAGCGCGAACAGUUGGCCCCCACGCUGGCCCUGCCCGAGGCCCAGGCAGUUGGGAAUGCUGGCGCACCGCCCCGGCGUCGACGUACCCCGGCGUCGCGUGCCACCCUGCCGGCCGCCACGCCCGUCCACUCGUCCCCCCUGUCGGCGGGAGCCGGGCCCCCUGCACCGGCCACGCUGGAUAUCGGCCCCGAGGGGAUUGCAACAUACUUGCUGCCGGGAUCGACCGUGGCACUACUGGCCCCCAUCGGGCCGGCGGCCUAUCCCUCCGGCGGGAUGAUCCAGCUUUCACACCUCGAAGGGGCCGACAUUGUGCUGCUCGUCGGGCCGAGCUCCGGCAGUGUCACCUCGCUGCCCUUCCUGUCGCUUGCUGGGCUGCGGCGCUGCCGCGUGCUGCUUGCCCCACUACCUGGUGUCGGUGCAAUGACACCCACCCCCCAGGAGGAUUCUGCCUCCGCGAUGCUGCCACCCCCCCAGGGGACCACAAUCUACGUGGACCAUGGCUGCGAUGUGCUGCUGCUGUCCCUCCUGCCGGCCGAACUUGGGGGCUGCCAUCAGAUCCGCAUGUCCAAGUCCACUGGCGUGCAUUUCCUGUCGGCCUUCUCCAACAGCCGGCCGGUCAUCGAAGACUGUUCUGCGGUGAUUGUCGGCCCGGCCCCGGCUGCAUGUGGCCCUCCUCCGCCAGCCGUCGGAACUGAUGAUGCCAAUGCUGUCGCUGAUGCCACCAUCACCGCUCUGCCAGGGCUCGGGCACUUGGCACCUCUGGCCAGCCAGGAUGCCUGGGAGGAGGCCAUGCGUCGCGCGGUUGCCUGCACCAGCGCCAGCUCCACCCUGCUCAGUGUUAAUGACUUCUGUUGGAUGCAGGCCGAUAGACAAUCGCCCAAUUGGGCUCGUGCGGAUGCCGCCACCCCUUCAAGUCCCCUGACGGAGGGGUCCGCCUUCAUCCGGCUCCUGGCGGCCUUGCCACCCCCCUAAAAGCACAUCCCCGGCCCUGCCCGGAAAAUAGACAUCGCUGAAAGGGGCAAAAGCAGACAAACACAUUGGAUUGGCGAAGCAGAACAGCACAAGUUCAGGAAGUGUAUGGCGGGGAGAAGAGCUGCAUGGCUGGGCGGAUGCACCCCCCGCGGCGCAGGAACGCCCGAGGGAGGGGCAGGAAAAUGGACAACGCCAAUGCCCGGAGGAGCGCGCCGGGAGGGGCGCCACAGGCCACCUUACUUCAGCUCGAAGGGCUGCCCCGAGUUGUUCAGAUAGGCCUGAUACUGCGGAGCAUUGACGUCCACCUUGCGGCGAUGCUCGACCGCCUUGUGGAUGGGCACAUGGACGAACUCGCCGUUCACCUUGCCGAUCAGGAGGUUGGUCUUGCCAGCCAGGGCAGCAUGCACGGCAUUGUGCGCCAGCAGGGUGCAGAAGAGCGCAUCAUUCGGGUUGGCCGGGGCCGCGCGAAUCAUGUACGACGGGUCAAUGUACUUGAUGGAUGUCUUGAUGCCGCGCGCGUCGAGCCCCUUGGCAAUUUCCUCCUUCAGGAAGAGGCCAAUGUCCAAAUGGCGAACAUUGCCACUGGGAUCGCGCUCACGCUCGCCGGACAUGAGGUUUUGCCCGGCCCCCUCGGACACGACAAUCAGGCAAUGCGGCUGCAUCGGGAUCGGAUGCUGGUGCGGCAGGCUGCAGUUGGCCUGGCUGGACAGGGCAGCCGAGGCACCGGCCGGCGCAUCCGGAACCAGGUCCAGAUCGGCCGGCGUAUCGCCAAAGGGCCAGGCCUUGUUCGGGCGCUCGAUCGCACAGCCGGCGGUAUCCUGGCCCGGGCGCCCGCGCAGACGCGACUCCAGGUAAUCCAGCAGCCACUCCAUCUUGAAGGUGACCUCCGGCAGCAGCAGGACAUUGACAUCGGCCGAGGCCAAGGCCGCGUGCAGGGCAAUGAAGCCCGAAUCGCGACCCAUGAGCCGGACAAGGCCAAUGCCAUUGCGAUAGCCGCGGGCCUCCUCGUGAGCCGCAUUCAGCGCACUCUGGGCCAGCUCCACGGCCGUGUCGAAGCCGAAGGAACGCUCCACAUAGAGCAGGUCAUUGUCGAUGGUCUUGGGCACGCCCACCACCGACAGGGGAUACCCCCGAGCACGGGCCUCCUCAUGGAUGGCAGCCGCGCCCUUUUGCGUGCCAUCACCACCGAUGGUGAAGAGCAUCUGCACAUUGUGCGCCUGCAGGAAGUCCACCAUGUCGGUGAUGCUCUGCCGGCCGCGCGACGACCCGAGGAUCGACCCGCCCAACUUGUGGAUGUCCUUCACCGCGGCCGGGGUCAAUUCCACCACCCCGCCGAGGGUGCCAUCCGGCCGGAGACAAGACUCCGGCCGAGCCAAGGACAUGCCAUCAUAGCCAUACGGGAUGCCGAUCACCCGGCGAACCCCAUACCGGUAGUAGCAGCAGAGGGCAAUCGCACGGAUGACAUUGUUCAACCCCGGGCACAGGCCACCGCAGGUGACAAUGGCCGCGGUGGACUUGGCUGGGUCGAAGAAAAGCUGAUCCCGCGGGCCGGCCUUCUCCAGGAAGCAGGGGACGGCGUGGUCCUCGCGCGAGGCCGCCAGCUCCGGGCUGUAGCCGGUCGAGGAGCCGCUGGUUUGGGCCACCGAAUGGCCGGUGCCGCUGUUGGUGCAAUCCGCCCCGGAGGCCGAGGUCAGCAGGACCGUGGCAUCCAGCAGCACACCGUCGGCCAGGUCGCGCACUCGAGCCACGCCGCGGUCCAACGGCGAGGGGACCGUCCGCUGGCCGAGGUGAUCCACGCGGAAGGAGUCCGUGUCGAGGGAGAACUGGGUCUGGGUGGCGCCCAGAGUGUAAUGAAGGGGCAUGGUUGGGGGAGAGAAGGGGAGGAAAGGAAGGAGCGGGCAGGCGG